AUGUCGACAGGAAACCCUUCGUUAUUUUCGGUCGAAAUCGCAACUCGCGAAGAGAUUUUGAACCAAAUGUGUAAGUUUUUUGAGAAUUUUUAUAAAAAUGAAUGUAUAUAAAGAUAAAAUUUUAGAUUCUACAAAAGAUAUAAAUGCAAUUUGGGUUUUCACAUUCAAUUCAGAUCGAGACACAAGUUGGUUCGAAAUAGUUAUAAUCUAUGUUCUUCUCAUUAUUUCUUUUAUUUUUACUUUGAUUGGAAUAAAAUGCUCAAAACAAUCAACGUAAGUUAAGAAUGCCUAAAUCGUCAAUUAUUCAAAUUCGAAAUUUCAGAUUCCCUCACAUAAAUCAUCGAUGCAUUUAUAUUUUUGCAUUAAUUGCGUGGUGUGAGCUAAUAAUAAGUCGAUCUUUGGUGAUUUAUUUUCAACUAACAAAAAGUGGGUUUUUUGUUUUUCUUUAUUAUUAUUAUAAAUAAAGACACAGAGUUGUUUUUGUGAUUCAUGAAAAAGAGCCUGAAAUAUUUGCGAAACAUGAUUUGGAAUGCGCGAAAUAUUUCAGCUGUUUGGUAGCAGAUUACUGGUUGAGAUUACUAUCGUCGUGAAAUCUUUAGAAUAAUGAUUGACGUAAUGAAACAAAAUGAAAAAUUAGUCUCAAAGUUCACCUUUGGAUUAAAAAUACUCCAGAAAACAAAUUAUUUUGUUAGAGAUACAAAAAUCUUUAAUUUCAGAUGAAAAUCAAUCCCAUUAUCAAUCCUUAUUUUGGGCUGCAGUUUUCCGAUAUCAUUAUUUGUUUUUCGGAGCACAAAUAAUAUUUUGUGUAGUUUUUGAAAGAAUAAUGGCCACAUGUUAUAUGAGAGAUUAUGAGAAGAAUAAACGUCUUUGGAUAUUUUGGCUAGUGAUCUUUUUAACAACAAUCUCUUCACUUAUUUAUUCAAUGCUUACAAUUUAUGAAUUCAUUCAGAUGAGAUUUAUACUUUUCUAUGGGAUUUCUUUCACUUUUCCUGCAAUUUUAGUAAGUUUUUUUUGAAGACAACUAAUCUAAAAUGAAAAAGCAAUAUUUCAGAUUCUAGAAUUUCUAUAUUAUUUCAAUAAGAGCAAGUUGAACGCGCUUGACAAAAAUGAUAAAACUGUUCAAUAUUCUUUAAGUAUUCGAUAUCAGAUUCAAGAAAAUGUGAGAAGUAUUAAACUUAUUCGAGGACUUGUGAUAACUGUUGGGUUUUUCAUAAUUGCUGUAAUUUUUGGAGAAUGUCUCCCAAUUAUCAUGAAAUUUGAUGAAGAUUAUUUACACAUUUGUAAUAUAAUUUUCGACACGAUGGUUCACAUGUAAGAUUUUCGAAAAAGAAAUUUUAAAAUCAAAUAUACUUCUUGUAGAAAUCCAAUUCUGGUAGUUCCGUUAAGCUUUAUUUGUUUCGUCGACUAUAAAAAAGCGUUUAUUCGCAAUUAUCGCAGACAGUUUCCCAAAAUAUCUACACAAUCUUCUCGAGAUAGCCGCCGAAGAUCAGUUUUCAGUAUAACAAGGCAGAAAAAAACAAACGAAGGAGAUGUUUAUUUCGAAAUGUUUAAUAAAACCAUGAUGUUUUCGAAAUCAACAAAUCAGAAAUAAAAAGCCACUGUUUUAACUACUUUGAAUAAAUAUAAUUUUUUCUGACAAUCGUCAAUUGUUUCCAGAAUCACAUAACACAUAAAUCACUCAUAUUUAUCAUAGUAAUUUCGUUUCCAUAAGCAACACCCUUAAAACAAAAAAUUAGUAGAUCAAAUUGCGCAAGCUCGUGAUAAAUCUAAUUACUACUUUCAAAUCCUACUAUAAAAAUGACGAACUGGCAGACCAUUGAGCAUAAAAUAUGCCUUCUUUCCGCGCUGUUCAAAAUUUUCACUUUGACAAUAAUUAUGAAAUUGCACAGUCUGCAAAUCGUAUGACAGCUAUAUUUGUCUGUAGUAUAAUAAAUAUUUUCAUCAUUUUUCGACUAAUUAUUGCAAACAGAUUUCGUGUGACAAAUGAUUAUCAAAUAAUCAUAAUUAUUCAAAGUUUUUUCAUACUAAUUGCAAACUUCGCUGAAGUUCUACUCAAUGAAAUUCAAACAAUAGAUCGAUAUAUUGUUAAAAUUGGACAUCCUGUACAUCCAUAUUCGGAUAAUCAAAGAAUAAUUGUUUCAGUUUUUGCAGUUGUUUCAUCAUUUAUGGUUGAAGAUAUUCUAGCACUUUUCAACUUACAUCGUCUCGUAAUGUUCACAAAGUAAGAUAUUUUCGGAGGUAUAUCGAUCUUUAGAGAAAAAAUAUGAUUUCAGGCCUCAAAAAAUAAAAAGACUAUAUUUAGUCUAUAUUCCGAUAUCUUUAUCUUCCUGCCUUGUGAACAUUGCUACAAUGUUUAGUGAUAUAAAGUCUGGUUACAGCAUCGAUUUAUAUUUCAAGAAUUCACAGCUUGGAUUCUUGACAAUUGUAAUAAUAUAUUGCUAUGUAAAACUGAAAAGAUAUUUCUCGAAAAACGUUUCGAUGUCUGAGAAAACGAAACAACUUCAGAGAAAAUUGUCGAUUUCGAUUCUCCUACAGGUAAGGUUGAUUACAACGAUAAAAAAGAGUUGCAAAAUUUUCGGCGAACUCAUCAUUUUUUAUCAUCAUUUGAAUGAUAACUUUGGCAAAUUUGUUUGGUUGUUUACUUGGUUCUUAUCAGAAUUCAGGUAUUCAUGUGAAGUUUUCGUGAUAAAAAUAAAUUUGCAAAGGUCGCGAAAAUGUAGCGAAAGAUAAUCGCUGAUUUUUGAGUUAAUAAUUAGACAAAAACGAGUAAACAAGCUUAUAAAUGUCAGAGAACAGUCAGAAAUAUGAGAGUUGUACAUGAAAAUCAAAAAUGAAAGGAAAGUUUGCUCCAAGUAGAAAUUUUUGUCAAUUUUUCUUUAAUCCCCCCUCAAAAAACUCACCGCUUUUCUCGGCGGCAUCUCCUUCUCGCGCUGUUAAACGACCAGUUGAAAUUGCAAAUGUGGCAUUUUUGCUGUAAAAUUACGUAUUUUUCACGUCAAAAUGUUCAAGAAAGUGAAAAAACCACGAAAAUCCAAAAUUAUCACAGCCCGGAAACGCGUUGUAAAAUUUGUGUGCGACGGGCAGACAGGUAGAGGAGAAAAUGGUCUCGCAACGCCGCUAAAUAGGAUGCAAAAGGGGGAGCGGGAUCUGUGGUGUGUCGUUGUGUGUUUUUUUUGUCAUUCUUGUUUUCGAAUUUGUUCAGAGCCGCGGCUGAAAAUUAAUUUUUCAGCCGCGGCUAACUGAUCGAUAGCCGAUUGAGAAAAAGAGAAGAAAAACAUUGAAAUCCCGCGUGGUCUACUCUAGUAGAACUUAUUAACCUGUGAGCCUAGCAUUUAUCACGCUGCCAGCUUUGGAAAAACAUGUUGAAGCUAAAGUAGAGAAAACAAACAAAAAAUGUCAGCUACGGUAAUAAAGGAACGCACAAUGAAAAAAAAGUUUGGUCUCACGACGAAGAAAACUUUAUGUGUGUGCGCCUUUGAUUACUGUGUGAGUUUUUUGUUUUUUUUUUCAUAAGUUUUUGAAAAAAGACUAAUAAAAAUUAUGAAAUCUCCGAGAAACAUAGAAAAGAAACAAAUAAAACAAGAAACAAACCUAGAAAUACAUUUUCGUUCCUUUAUUCGCUUGAGGAUUUUCAAUCGAUUGCAGCAUGCUCAAAAAUAAGAAAUAGUAGUUUUUCAAUUUUUUUUAAUGUAGCCACGUAUAGAAACCGUAUAGGUCACGUUUUUGUAAAUAAAGAAUUCAAAAAACACCACUAAAAAAUAUAUUUCCAGCUUCUCAUAUUGUUGUUCAUCGCAAUCGUCGCCAUUUUCCUACCCAGUCUCAUAAUCUUAAUCCGCCCCGAAAUUGAUUCAACAUCAUUUUAUCUGAUUCACUCAAUAAUCGCAGUAAUCCUAAUUCAAUGGUGCUCUGUGUUGUCAUCGCUAUUAAUACUUUGGUCAAUCAUCGGAUUCAUAAAACCCCAUAACUUCACUGCUCCGAAAAGAAGCAGCUUCUUGGUUGAUAAAAACUAUCAACCUAACACAAAUGAUAAGAAGUUAGAUGUCAAAGUUCUUCAGAUAAAUACACAAUUCAUGUCUUAA